AUCGAAGUUUCAUCACAAGUGUUCUUCGGAUGUUUUAGCUAGCCAGCAACCUCUUCCGGCGUGCUUUCGUUUUGCUCUCGGGUCCGGGGGCCUCAAGGUGAUAUGAAAUACAUCGCAUUUAUGUGAUCUCGUUGACAUUACCCCCAUAUGCCACAUUGCUUUGUCGUUCAUUCACCCGUUUACCAACCGCCUCCAACACUGACGCAUUAAUAAAGACUCCCUUAAGCGGAGAGAUUUUUUGUUUAUUCCACUGGCUGCCUUUGCAUAUUUUGUGCUUGAUAUCAGUUUUCUUAUCUUUCAUUUGUGCUGGCGAAGUAAUCAUGAUGUCCGGGAAGUACAUACGCUACAUACUCUUUGCAGUGCUGGGCAUUGCAAUCCUCCACUUCAUUGCCUCAUCUUCCCUACCUAGGCCUAGUAUUCCUGCUGCUCUCACUAAAACGAAUCCGAAACAAAAUGAGAGCCCCCCAACACAGCCUGGAAACGUCGGCCCGCAAGCCACCACUGCUGGUGGCGUUACAAAAAUGCAAACGGUUUCGUUGUCCCAACCGACAGAAGCAGCACUCCCUCCCACUGGAAACACUACUUCUGGCCCCAAGUCUGACAGAGAAUCUGGAAAAUCAGACCGUGUCAGCGCAACUUUCGUGUCUUUGGUGAGAGACUCGGAUCUUUGGGAAAUGGUGAAAUCUAUUCGACAAGUCGAAGAUCGCUUUAACAGGAACUACCACUACGACUGGGUUUUCUUGAAUGAUGGGGACUUUAGCGAAAACUUCAAGACCGUCACCUCCGCUUUGGUAUCUGGGAAAGCUUACUAUGGCAAAAUUCCAGAGGAGCAUUGGUCUUUCCCAGAGUGGAUUGAUCAAAACAAAGCUGCUGAAGCUCGUAAAGAGAUGGAGGAGAAGAAAGUUAUUUACGGUGGCUCCAUCAGCUACAGACACAUGUGCCGUUACGAAUCGGGCUUCUUUUUCAGACAUGAACUCAUGCUCAAUUACGAUUACUACUGGCGUGUUGAGCCCAGUGUCAAAUACUUCUGCGACAUUGAUUUCGAUGCAUUCAAAUUCAUGAAGGAUAACAAAAAGAAGUACAGUUUCGUUUUGAGUCUCCACGAAUACAGAGAAACGGUUGCAACUCUUUGGGACAGUGUUAAAAAGUUUAUGGAGAAACACCCUGAACAUAUCGUUCAGGGUAAUAACCUGGAAUUCGUGUCCGAGGAUGGAGGUAAAACAUACAACAUGUGCCAUUUCUGGUCGAAUUUCGAGAUCGGUGAUUUGAACUGGCUACGCUCGAAGGCAUAUCUGGAUUAUUUCGAUGUCCUUGACAAGGAUGGGGGUUUUUUCUACGAAAGAUGGGGCGAUGCACCAGUACAUUCCAUUGCAGCAUCUAUUCUGCUCAAAAAGGAAGAAGUUCAUUUCUUCGAUCAAAUCGGCUAUUAUCACGUCCCCUUCACACACUGUCCGACUGGCGAGCAGAGAAGAACGGAGUGGAAGUGUGCUUGCAACCCUGGGGAUAAUUUUGACUGGAAAGGUCACUCAUGCACUACUCGGUUUUUCGACCUCCUCAAGUUGCAAAAACCCGAAGGUUAUGAGAAUGAGACCUGACUAGCAACCCCAAUCUGGCCUAAAAUUGUCGUCGGUGUUCUCAUCUUCAUCGCUUUCGUGUUGGGUAUCAUCUCCCGAUUUCCACUACUCCGAACUGGCCCUCUAUCUGUCUUGCACAGGCUAGGAGUCUGUAAGUUCUGAAUACUGGUUUGUACCAAUUGGAUAGCCCCUCCUGUUUUCUUGACCCAUUUACAGCGCGUUUGGAUUCGUUCUUGUUUUCGUUCUGGUGUGUCUUUGUUUUUCUCUUCUUUUUAGCUUGUGCCAUUUCCUAUAAAUAUCCUGUACAGAUAACGAACUUGGGACGAGGGAAUUUCUCGGCAUGUAUGAUGCAUACUUGAAUCUGGAGGAUCCUUGUGGGGUUCUAGGAGUUAGGUGAAUACGUAUCUGCUGAUAAUACAUGUUAUAAAAGAAAUAAAUGGAACACUCUAGCCCCU